GAAAUCAAUGAAACCUAUAAAAAACAUCGCCAAUUAUCCCUCCUCUCUCUAAUUUUUUCAAAAAACCUUAAUUCCCAACUCUAAAAAUCACCCGAUUCUGCCCAUUUCUCAUCUCAACCAAUCUAAUUUUUUUUUUCUAAACUCUAUCUUAUUACGUCAAUCCGGGGCCCAAGAUCCGUACCUACAACACUAAACAAUCAAGAAUUUUGAUCAAAGUUAAAAGAGUAAAUUCUUAUUUGCUGAUUGUCAAACUUUUACUAAAAUGAAAAUUUGGGGAAACGUUUGAUGUUAUGAUGCCACACACACAGCGCCAUCUCCACUUAGCUUCAGUUUCAUUUUGAAAGAAGAAAGUAGCAGAGCAUUGCAGCAAACCUUUCAAAAAGGAAAACAGGAUCAAUCAAUCCCAUCAAUUCAAAUCAUUCUACCUCUCUUUCCGUUUUCAUUCCCCCUUCUUAUCCGAUCCACAAUAACGUAAAGAGGAACGGUGCGAACCUCUCUCACUGCAAAAUAUAAUUUUUUGGCCAAUUCCUUAACUCUGCCUCAUUGUCUCGUCUCUUCCAGGGCCGGAGUCGCAGCAGGUCAGGUCAGUCGGUCGCGAAUCUUUGUGCUUAUCUCCGCGAUGUUCUUUGAUUAUAUUCCUCGAUUUUGUUCUCGUAGAGCAUUGUGAUCCGUGCUUCAGUAUGAUCUUCUGAUUGACGAACGACUUACAAUGCAGAAAUCCUCCGAGUUCCCCAGUUCGCGUUCUACGGGAGGAAAUCAUCUGUUCUUCAUUUUUCCUUGAUUACGGAGGAUUUCUCACUGGCUUUCCGCUUUCCCGUCUGUUCUUCACAAAUCAAAUCUUGUCAAUAGCACAGCCAUGGCUGGUUUCAGGUUUUCUUUUGUUAUUAAUUAAUUCAUUGAUUUAUUGGUGAUAUUCUAUUCGCAUCAUAAGUUGAUUCAGUGACUGAUGUCAUGUCGGUGUGGAAAACUUGGCGCAGGAAUCUCUAAAAUCGAGGAGUGAAGAAUUGUAGAUUUUCUAUCGAAGAGAUGAUGUCGAGAUCGUAUACGAAUUUACUGGACUUGGCCAAGGGGAAUUUUCAGAACAUCAAUCCUGAGAGGAAGGGAUUGUCGAGGGUUAUGAGCGUUCCUGGCAAGUUCUCGGACAUGGAAGACGACGAUGAGCCCGCUUCCUCUGAUAAUCCCUCCACAUUGUCUGUGGACAGGAUGAUCAUUGUCUCGAACCAGCUCCCCGUGAAGGCUGUCAGGAAUCCUGAUGACCAAGGCUGGAGUUUCGCCUGGAACGAGGAUUCCCUGGUUCUGCAGCUCAAGGAUGGUUUCUCUGAAGACAUGGAGGUUUUCUAUGUCGGUUCUUUGAAUGUCGAAGUCGAUUCCAAGGACCAGGAUGAAGUGUCUCAGGUUCUGCUAGACAGGUUCAAGUGUGUGCCAACAUUCCUCCCGCGCGAUAUUUACACAAAGUUCUAUGAUGGUUUCUGCAAGAAGCAGCUCUGGCCACUCUUCCAUUACAUGCUGCCUCCUGUUGAGGAAGGCAGCAGAUUCGACAGGUCCUUGUGGGAGGCUUACGUAGCAGCAAACAGGUUGUUCUCACAGAAAGUGGUUGAGAUUCUCAACCCAGAAGAUGAUUUCAUCUGGAUUCACGAUUACCAUCUGAUGGUGCUGCCAACUUACUUGAGGAGGCGGUUUAACAGAAUCCGGAUGGGAUUUUUCCUCCACAGCCCGUUUCCUUCUUCUGAGAUCUACAGGACCCUUCCUGUGAGAGAAGAGAUACUCAAAGCAUUGCUCAAUACCGAUCUCAUUGGGUUCCAUACUUUUGAUUAUGCUCGACAUUUUCUUUCCUGUUGCUGUCGGAUGCUGGGUCUCGAGUAUCAGUCCAAGAGGGGAUACCUUGCAUUGGAAUAUUAUGGAAGGACUAUUGGUAUCAAGAUUAUGCCAGUUGGGGUUCAUAUGGGUCGAAUUCUUUCUGUAAUGAAACAAACUGAUAAGGAGUCUUGGAUUUCUGAACUGAAGAAGCGGUACCAAGGUAAGACUGUGUUGCUUGGUGUGGAUGAUAUGGAUGUCUUCAAAGGGAUCAAUCUGAAACUGUUGGCUAUGGAGCAGAUGCUCAGGCAGCACCCUAUCUGGCAGGGAAAGGCUGUGUUGGUUCAAAUAGUAAACCCUGCAAGAGGCAACGGGAUUGAUUUGGAGGAUAUAAGAACUGAAAUACAAGAUAGCUGCAAGAGGAUCAAUGGCCUAUUUCGAAUGCCUGGUUAUGAACCAAUAGUGAUUGUUGAUACUCCAAUCUCAGUGGGCGAGCGAGUUGCUUACCACAGCAUUGCUGAAUGUGUUGUUGUUACAGCAGUGAGAGAUGGCAUGAAUCUCACACCGUAUGAGUACAUAGUCUGUAGACAAGGCAGUGAUACAUGUACAAACUUCCAUGGGUUGAAGAAGAGCAUGUUAGUGAUAUCAGAGUUCAUCGGUUGUUCUCCAUCGUUGAGCGGAGCAAUUCGUAUCAACCCUUGGAACGUUGAGGCAACAGGCGAGGCAAUGAACCAAGCAAUUUCAACUUCCGACUCCGAACAACAGUUACGACAUGAAAAGCAUUAUCGGUACAUCAGCACUCAUGAUGUUGCUUAUUGGUCGAGGAGUUUCUUGCAUGACCUGAAGAGAAAUUGUGCUGAUCAUAACAGAAAAAUGUGCUGGGGGAUAGGAUUUGGGUUUGGUUUCAGAGUGAUGGCUCUUGAUCCCAAUUUCAGAAAGCUUUCUGGAGCUGUUAUUGUUUCGGCGUACAAGAUGGCAAAGAGUAGAGCAAUACUGUUGGACUAUGAUGGUACUGUGAUGCAUCAAAACGCCAUCAACAAAUCGCCAACUCAGGAAGUGAUCUCCAUCCUCAACAGACUCUGCGAUGACCCAAACAACACAGUUUUCAUUGUCAGCGGCCGAGGGAGGGACAGCUUGGCUGAGUGGUUUUCUCCUUGUAAGAAGCUUGGUAUUGCUGCUGAACACGGCUACUUCCUGAGGUGGACGCAAGAUGGAGGAUGGCAAACCUGCGUACAGAGCAGUGAAUUCGGGUGGAUGCAGAUUGCUAGGCCUGUGAUGAAGUUGUAUACAGAAGCUACAGAUGGGUCUUCCAUUGAGACCAAGGAAAGUGCUCUGGUCUGGCAAUACCGGGAUUCAGACCCUCGAUUUGGAUCAGCUCAGGCGAAGGAGCUGCUCGACCAUCUGGAGAGUGUCUUGGCAAAUGAACCUGUCGCUGUAAAGAGUGGUCAGUUCAUUGUAGAAGUGAAGCCUCAGGAAGUCAGCAAGGGGGUAGUUGCAGAUAAAAUUUUCACGGCUCUGUCGGGAAAGGGGAAAAAGGCUGACUUCGUUUUGUGCAUUGGAGACGAUAGAUCAGAUGAAGACAUGUUUGAAGCAAUUGGGAAUGCACUGGCAGGGAAAGUUCUCGCCUCAAAUGCCUCAGUUUUUGCUUGCACGGUUGAACAGAAACCCAGCAAAGCCAAAUACUAUCUGGAUGACAUAGCUGAAGUUGUUAGCACCCUUGAAUCUCUUGCUGAUGUCUCCACUACUCUCCAGUAGACACACCCACCCACCCACCCUUUUCCUCUCAUCCUGAGAACCACACUGGGACUUCAUAGCAAAGCUUUGUUGGACGGAAUUUUUACUCUUUCUGAGUUUUGUCAGGUUACUUCUGAACUAGAAUGAAUUAGCAUUUGAAGAUAGUAGAUAGAGAGAGAGGGAGAGAGAUCUCUUGGUAUUGUUACCCCCUUUUUCUGUUUUCCUUUCUUAUGUUCAUUUAGCAGUUUGUGUCGAUUCUUCUUUUCCCAGAAGAGAUUUUCAGAAAGAAUUACGUGUAUAGUUGGACAAUUCAUAACCGUAAGAUUAUAUUUAUUUUUAUCCCCUUUUCUGAAGUGUUUCAGUGUUUUUUUUCUAAGAAACUCGAUGAUUUUGCCACUUUUUAUGUUAUGUUGUUCCUGUAUUUUAUAUUUUAGAGCGUAGGAAGAAAGAAAUCGAUUAAGAGUCAAUUUGUAAGAAAUUUAAACUCAAGGG